AUGGCUGAGCGAUACGCCAGCCUGGAAGUUCUCGACGACUUCAAUCUCUGUAUCAAACAACUCAAGCUCAGGACCAGUUUCAACAUCAACGACCUCGAUCGAUUCGUGCUCGUCAAUAAGAACUGUGGCAUCUCCACGGGCGGCCUCGGUGCCAACGACGCGCAAAUCGCCCUCGCCGUCUCCGUCGUCUGCGUCUUGAUCUUCUACUCGUUUCUGUUAUAG